UUAAUCUCAAUAAAAACUAACGUUAUAAAAUGCUUGAUAAAAUAAUACUGAGUCGGAAUCACAGCGUCGCAAACAUCAUGGUAAACGUCCCUUUAAUUAAGCUAAACAAUGGCAUAACAAUUCCGGCUUUAGGACUGGGAACUUUCCAGGGUCCCCCAGGUCACGAAGAUGAAGCCGGCCAAGCAGUUAAAGACGCCAUUGACGCUGGCUAUCGACAUUUCGACUGUGCUCAUUUAUAUCAAAAUGAAAAAAUAAUUGGCGAAGCAAUACAAUAUAAAAUAAAGGAGGGCGUAAUAAAACGUGAAGAUCUCUUCAUCGUCAGCAAACUUUGGAACACUCUACACCGUCCAGCAUUAGUCGAACCGGCUCUAAAAGAAACACUUAAAAAACUCCAAUUAGAUUAUAUCGAUCUUUAUUUGAUGCAUUGGCCUCAAGGGUUUAAAGAAGGACCUGAAUUUGUUCCGACCGACCCAACAACCGGCUUGUGUAUUCCCAGCGACAUUGAUUACGUCGACACCUGGAUGGCUAUGGAAGAGUUGCAAAAGAAAGGGCUGACAAAGUCGUUGGGGGUGUCGAAUUUCAAUAGUAAGCAAAUUGAAAGGCUUUUAAAGUCUGCCACAAUCGUCCCUGUCACAAACCAGGUUGAAUGUCAUCCAUAUUUCAACCAGACAAAACUUCGCAAAUUUUGCCUGGAUAGAGGUAUAAUUUUAACGUCAUAUUGUCCAUUGGGUUCACCAGAAAGACCAUGGCAACUACCAGGGGACAUUAAUAUUAUGACUGAUCCUAAAUUUAAAGAAAUUGGCAAGAAAUAUGGAAAAUCGGCAGCACAAAUUAUGAUUAAGUUCAAUUUGCAAUUAGGUAAUAUUGUUAUUCCAAAAUCGUCCAGUAAACACAGGAUAAUUGAAAAUAUUAAUAUUUUUGAUUUUGAAUUGAACGAAGAUGAUAUGUCAUAUAUGAAGACUUUCGAUUGCAAUGGUAGAAUUUGUCCAUAUCGCGAAUGUGUGGAACAUCCCUUCUAUCCUUUUAAACCAGAAGUAGAGUUUUAACUAUGCAAACUAUUUAUGUAAAAACUAUGACAUUUUAUGGUUGGUAAACAAUUAAUUAUUGUUAUUAUUCUGUUAGUUAAGAUCAAAAAUGGUCAGUACUAAUUUAACGUAGACUGAAUGGUGCUUCACUAACAUAGUUAAAAUGUUUAAGAUCCUUAGAAACAAUAUGAUAAUUUCUUAAUAAAUUUGUUUCAUGAAUGUUGACAAUUAUCGAUUGGUUUCAAAAUGUAACGGGUGGCUUAAAAUUAUUCCGUAUAAUAACUCCAUUUGAGAUAAAUUAAAACAAAUUCUAGAAAACUUUUAUGAAAAGUAUACGGAAGCUUAAUUGUGUUGCGUUUUAUCGUUAGUAGUUCAUUAUUUGGAUAAGAUAUGACAUUUUGUAAAUGGAACCGUCAGUUUUGCAUGGACAAAAAUACUAAUAAAGACAAAAGAAAUUUC